AUGAGGAAAAACUGUGAUGUCAAUAACCCUCCGGUUCUCUCCUCCAAGAAGGGUCUGAAACGCGGCUCUGGUCUCGAUCUGCUUCGGGACGUGGAGCGUCUGCGUACGAAGCUGGAGGUGGAGCGCAGCAGGACCCAGCAGGCUCACCGCCGCUUCUCUCUGGAGCUCCAGCGGCAGCGUGAGGAGGCUCGCGAGGAGCGAGAACGAGCGCUCAGAGAAAUCACCUUCCGGCUGGAGCAGCAGAAAACCCUGGAGCUGCUGCAGCAGAGAGACGCUCUGGGACGAGAGCGAGCUGCGGAGGUGCGUCGUCUGCUGCGCUGGCGGAGUCAGUCCACGCUCAGACCAACCAGAGACGUCCAUCGACAACUGGCGGAUGAGCUGGCUGGAGUCUGCAGAUCUGCGGCUCUCAGUCCCGGCUGUAAAGGGAACGGAGCUGCGUAUCGUAGACUGGAGGAGCUGCUGAAAACACUGCUGGAACAGGCGGAUGGUCAGCAGGUCGCUUUCCUUCAUCGGCUUCAGCAGGAAGUGGAUCUAGAGAAGAGCUACUUCCUGUGCCAUCUACUGGAAGCACACAGUCGACCGUCACUGCAGGGGAAAGAGGAGCGCAAAGACAAAGGGUGUGUUGUGGAUCAAUCCAGGCGGAGGUCAAAGAGUUGUAUACAGGUGACAGGAGGAGUGCAAGAAGGAAAUCUUGCUUUAUUUCGUUCUCAUUCGCUGUCGCAGACGUCCAGAAGCGAAUCUCCUCAACCUAUGAAGAAGAAAAAGAAGCAGCAGCAGGAUUCUGAAACUCCAGCUGAAGAAGAGGCGUCUGGAGGAGAUGUGGAGGGUUUACCCGAGCUCGCUUCAUCUGAUGAGGAAUCGCAGAAGUGCUCCACAUCCCCAUGUUCACAGGACAAUAUGGAGGAGCAGAACGGCCGGGAUUAUGGCUUUCUGGUGCGGCAAAACUCGGAGCUGCUGCGAGCGCUGGAGGAGAUGGAGAAGUCCUGCGCCGCUCUAAGAGAAGAGAACCGCGUACUGAGGAAGAGCAGUUCUCCAGAGACGGAGGAGAAGGUGAAGAGGCUGAGGAAGAAAAACGCUGAACUCGCCAUCAUCGCCAAACGACUGGAGGACAGAGCACGGAAGCUGCAGGAGGCCAACCUCAAAGUGGCGAGCAGUCCGAUGGCGGUGCGAGCGGGUGCUGUGGAGCAGUAUAAGCGGGCGUUUGCUCGUCAGAGAGCCAGAGAUCUGGCACAGCACGCAGACACACUGCUGAGGAAAGACAAGCAGAUCUCAGCACUGUGCAGACAGCUGGAGACGCACACCGGACAACACAAGGAUCCUGCAGGAGUGAGUGAGUUCGAGCGUCUCCUCAAGGAGUCUCAGAAGGAGGUUUUGCGUCUGCAGAGACAGCUGUCCGUCACCGCUGCUGAAAACACUGCACAGGUUGCAUUUGAAACCCCGCCCACAGUAGUAGAUGAGGCCCCUGUUAAGGAGGAGGAGACUCCUGCAGAGGGGGAGGAGCCAGAAACACAAUUGAAGCCAGAGCAGGGCACAAGCUCCACCCACCAGGAAGAGCAGACCACAGAAGAGCGUCUUCAGUUGCUGGAAAGUGAGCUGGGAAAGAAGAGGAAAGAAUGUGAAGUUCUUGAGCAUGAGGUCCGCAAGAGACAGAAACGAUGUCUCGAUUUGGAGAACCAGCUAGUGGACGAGCGCAGCAGAAAUGAGCUGUUAGUGGAGGAGGCAGAUCUCCUCAGGAGAAAGGCUCAGCUGCUUGACCAGUCUCGGGCUGAAAAUGAGGAGCUAAAGGAACAGCUCUGUGUGUUGAGCGCUCAGCAUAGUUCAGUUCUGGAGGAGAACCAGCGACUCCGUGCAAAGCUGGAGAACCUAGAGCAGGUCCUAAAGCACAUGCGAGAGGUCACCGAGCGCAGGCAGCAGCUGGAACUGGAGCAUGAACAGGCGCUGGCAAUCCUUAAAUUCAAGCAGGAUGAAAUCAAGAGACUCCAGCGGGCUCAGCUAUUUGCUAAAAGAGAGCAUGAAAAUGUGGUGCAGGUGCUGGAGGAUCUGGUGCAGUUUGUGUUGCACAGAGAGCUGGCAAAAGUGCGUGAGCUGGAGGACAAAUGCCGCAGUCAGAGUCAGCAGUUCGGGAUGUUGUCGCAGGAGCUGGAUAAAUUCAGACUUCAGGCCUCGAAGAUCGACCUAUCAGAGGCCGCUUUACUGUGUGGCGCCACCCUGAGUCAGCUGACCAAUGGGGUCGGCCUACCUGGAGACACCGAUGUGGCUGCGGUCUUACGGACGGGCUCUACUCCACACGCAGCUGAACUGACCCGUCCCGAACGCUCACCGGUCAUUAAACAUCGAGAACUACCCUCUAUCGGUGUGAAGUCCGGCUCCACGUCCAGCCCGACGCCACCCAGAUCUGAACAAACACAUCUGUCCCCGAAAUCUGCAGCAUCACAGCCGGCCAGCCCCCGCAAGAGCAGCCCCACACAUGAGGUGGACACUGCCAGUGAAGUUGAGGAGCUGGAUAUUGACGUUUCUCCAGCGCCGUAUUCAGUCAGUAAAGCAGCAGCCAAACUCCAGGUCUUCAUCGCACGUUACAGUUACAACCCUUAUGAUGGUCCUAAUGAUAACCCGGAGGUAGAGCUGCCGCUCACAGCAGGAGAGUACAUUUAUGUCUAUGGAGACAUGGAUGAUGAUGGAUUCUAUGAGGGUGAGCUGAUGGACGGCAGAAGAGGUCUCGUUCCCUCAAACUUCGUUGAGCGCGUAUCCGAUGAUGAUUUCAUGAGCUCGCACCUGCACCAGGCUGGCGAAGCUUCCCAUAAUUCCCUCCAGGAGAGCAGUUUCCAUAGCAGCAGCGAUCGGUUGCAUCAGCACCACCUACGAUUCGCCCACAGCACCUCCGACAGGACGGACACCUCCACUACAGCAUCAGCAUCAGCUCCCAAAUCCCAAAUCCCGCUCACAAACGGCCUGGAUCUAGAUCUAGAGGAGGUCGGGGUGGACACUGUGCCUUACCCCCGAAAACUAACGCUAAUCAAACAGCUAGCUAAAAGCAUCAUCAUUGGCUGGGAGUGUCCGCUAGUUCCAGCCGGAUGGGGAUCAGUGUUUAGCUAUAACGUCUACGUGGAUCACGAGCUGCGGAUCAACGUGCCAUUCGGUACCCAAACGAAGGCGGUAUUGGAACGGCUGGAUUUGGCGAAGAAGUCAUAUCGGAUUGCGGUGCAGUGUCUGACGGAGCAUGGAAACUCGGAUCAGAUGCGCUGCUGUAUGCUGGUCGGACGAGACGUGUGUGUGGCGCCCAAUAACCUGCGUGUUGAGCGCGUGACGGCUACCUCCGCUAGCCUGACCUGGCUGCCUAGCAACAGUAACUACGUGCACAUCGUGUCUUUGAAUGAGGAGGAGUGUGAGCUGGUCAAGGCGGGAUGCUACUCUCUGUGCCUCAGUAAUCUGACUCCCAGCAUGCAUUACAGUGUUAAAGUGGAGGCUCGGCCGCACCGCACCGCAUGGGAGCUGCCGCCCGAGUGCCGAGAACGAAAAACCGCACUGACCUCUUUCACGACGCUGACCGCAGGCCCUCCUGAUGCCCCUCUGGAUGUCCAGCUGGAGCAGGGUCCGUCUCCGGGAAUCGCUCAGAUCAGCUGGCUGCCUGUUACUAUUGAUGCCGCCGGGACGUCUAAUGGUGUCCGCGUCACUGGCUACACCAUCUAUGCUGACAAGAAGAAGGUAUUAGAGGUGUCGUCACCCACAGCAGGCAGCGCUCUGAUUGGUCCGUCUCAGAUCCAGACGUUACAGGCAGCCCGUGAGCUCACCGUUCGGACCAUGUCAGCGUCUGGCGAGUCGGUGGACUCACUGCCGGUGAAUGUGCCCGCCAAAUUGCCUGCCAUCAUGUCCGGUGCCUCGUUACCUCAAUGCCAGCCUGUGCCAGCCACCGCCAGUGUCCUCACGGCUAGUGCCAACCCAGACCCUGCUGUCUGUGCCACAUCUCUCUCUGCUGCCAAAACACCCAUUCUGCCACAUGCUGCUACUUUAGACGAACACACCGCUGGUCCUGUUCCAGGAGUCUUCAUUAACACAUCCAAAACGGUCGUUCAUGAAGCGCCCGUGUCUCCUGCAUCCUAUGUAGAUGCCUGGGCAAACCCUACAUCAGCUGCCCUGCUGACGGUGGAAAUGCCAGCACAAGAAACACCACCAAUAUGUGCCUCAUGUUCUGACACAACGGUGAGUGUAUCUGCCCCCAUGGUCACACCUCCACCUGUGGUCUUGCCCGGACCUGCUGCCACACCUACACCUGUACCUGUUCCCUUGGCCACAGCAGUACCCAUACCCACUCCAGUGUCCAUCUCAGUGCCAGCUCCUAUGGUUGUGCCGGCACCUGCCACCAUACCGGUUUCCAUGUCUCCGCCCAUACAUUCACCUGCUGUUACACCUGCAUCAGUGCCAGUGCAGUCCAAUACAGUCAUCCCUGCAGUCACGAUCCCCAGCAGAGAGACAGACAGUCCAGGAUCUCUGCGGCAUGUUGCCUCCAUCUCCGACUUCUUGGAGGACCCCUGUGCCAAACUUCAUACACCUCCGCCCCCUUGCCCCAAAGUCAGCAUCCCAAACGACCCUCUUGAUGUCACGUCUACACACUUGCUAAGGCCUCCUGCUCCAUCGCCCUUUGAAUCUGAGCCUGAUGAAGAUAGGGAAAACACCAGGCUUGUGUCCAUUGAGGAGUUCCUGCAGCCUGUACCUCAGCCUCGACUAAAGGUUUAUGCUGGUGGUCAUAUGAACCCUCCACCAGACUACCAUGGGGAGAGCAGUCGAUCUGAUUUGUCUGACAUACUGGAGGAAGAGGAGGAAGAUCUGUAUUCCGAGCCUAGCAUUGACGUCCUUCCCAGAGGUUACAGUACAGCUCAGGGCAGGGAGCCAGGUGGAAGAGAAGCACCGUUGACAGAUCCAGGUGCAGUGUGGUGCGACGCCACUCCAAAAUCAACACGCUCUGAAAUUAGACUGCAUAGAGAGCCCAGAGUGUGUGGAGAAAAUGAGGUGAGGAUCUUUGUUGCCCUCUUCCCAUAUGAUCCUGCAGUCAUGUCACCCAAUCCUGACGCCACAGAAGAGGAGCUUCCUUUCAAAGAGGGACAGAUUAUCAAGGUUUAUGGGGACAAAGAUGCGGAUGGUUUUUACCGCGGUGAGGCAGCCGGCCGGCGUGGAUUCGUGCCGUGUAAUAUGGUGUCAGAGAUCCAGGUGGAUGAUGAGGAGACCCGAGAGCAGCUCCUGAUGCAGGGCUUUCUGUCCACAGAGACGUCCAUGGAGAAAAUAGACGCCCGCUUACAUGCACAGCUUCCACGCCGCUCUGCUGCACCGCCCAAACCGAGACGCUCCAAGAAAGAUCUGAGUCGUUCCGCUGCACCGCCGGCCGAUUCCAGACCCCGCAGGAUGGUGGCCAUCUUUGAUUACGACCCCAGAGAGAGCUCUCCUAAUGCAGACAUAGAGGCUGAGCUGACCUUCAGUGCGGGAGACGUCAUUUAUGUGUUCGGGGAUAUGGACGACGACGGCUUCUACUAUGGUGAUCUCAAUGGACACAAAGGCCUCGUACCCUCAAACUUCCUCCAAGCCUAUCCAGAAACCGAAGAAGAGACACCACGGGCAGAUCAAGCAGUGACUGAGAGCCGCAGAGACUCACAGACGAGCCAAUCUGAAUCCUCCGAACAUCCGGAUGCAGUGAGCGUCCCUCAUCCAGAAGCUCAACCUGAAUCCAGUCCCAGAUCGAACCCUGAGCCGGACAGUAAACAAAGGUUUCAGUCUCCACCCGAAAGUCCUCCAUCACCUGACGCCGCUCAGCCAGAGAAAAAGAAGAAGAGUUUUUUCUCCAAAGGCAGGAGACUGUUCAGAAAACUGGGCUCCAGCAAGAAGGAGUAGAAGAGCUGUGAGAUCCAAUCAGCUGCAGAUUGCACUUUUAAAGGGACAGUUCACCCAAACAUGAAGAUUUACUUACUAUUCUGUUGCAAAGUUUAUUUAUUCUGUUGAACACAAAAGAAGAUACUUUGAAGAAUGCUGAAAGGCUUUAACCAUUGACUUCUAUAUAAUGAGUUUCGUCUUGUUUUUAGGACAAAUAAAUCAUGAUUCUGAUAUCUAGAAGCAUUUUCUGGACCAGCAAAAAAUAUUGUAUUGAUUUCAGAAAUAAUAAGUCAAAACUAAGUGGGAUUUUACAUAAAACAUGCAAAAUAAUCUGCCAAUGGGGUAAGCAAAAUAAUGGUGUUUUCACUUUUAAUUAAGAUUAUUUUGUUGACCCUAUUGGCAGAUUAUUUUGCUUGUUUUAAGGAGAAAUCCACAAGACAAAAGCUAAUUUCUUGCAGUGUAGCAGGAGAAAUAAACACUAUGCAAGUCAAUGUUUACAGGUUUUCAACAUGUUUCAAAGUAUCUUCUUCUAUUGCUUUUCAACAAGAAGGAAACUCUUAAAAGUUUGAAACAAGUGAAGGGAGGGUAAAUGAUAACAGAAUUGUAAUUUUUGGGUGAACUAUCCCUUUAGCUAUGUUGUUGUUGUGUCUGUUUGAGUGUGUGUCGUUCGUGUAAUGAUAGGAGAGUCUGAUAAUGAUGCAGAUUAACCAGCGCUUUGGUGUGUUCGACUGUUUCUUCACGAAUAAUAAUCGCAAUACUCCUGUGAAUAGAAAAACAUGGGUUUCAUAUGAAAUCUUCAAGCUGUGACUAAAGCUCAUGCCUGCUGAAAAAGCUUCUUGUUAUUAUUCAAACGCUACCAAAAUAUAGCUCAAUAUUGUGAAUGAAUCAAUACCGCUUU